AUGGCCCCGUGGCUGCAGCUCUGCUCUGUCUUCUUCACAGUCAACGCCUGCCUCAACGGCUCCCAGCUGGCAGUGGCCGCAGGCGGCUCCAGCAGAACGCGGGGCGCCGACACCUGUGGCUGGAGGGGAGUGGGGCCGGCCAGCAGAAACAGCGGGCUGCAUAACAUCACCUUCAGAUAUGACAACUGCACCACUUACUUGAAUCCAGUGGGGAAGCACGUCAUCGCCGAUGCCCAGAACAUCACCAUCAGUCAGUAUGCUUGCCACGAUCAAGUGGCAGUCACCAUUCUUUGGUCCCCAGGAGCCCUCGGCAUCGAAUUCCUAAAAGGAUUUCGGGUAAUACUGGAGGAGCUGAAGUCAGAGGGAAGACAGUGCCAACAACUGAUUCUAAAGGACCCGAAGCAGCUCAACAGUAGCUUCAAACGAGCUGGAGUGGAAUCUCAGCCUUUCCUGAAUAUGAAAUUUGAAACAGAUUACUUUGUAAAGAUUGUCCCUUUUCCUUCCAUUAAAAAUGAAAGCAAUUAUCACCCUUUCUUCUUCAGAACCCGCACCUGUGACCUGCUAUUGCAGCCGGACAACCUGGCCUGUAAACCCUUCUGGAAGCCUCGGAACCUCAACAUCACCCAGCACGGUUCAGACAUGCAGGUGUCCUUCGACCAUGCACCCCACGCCUUUGGCUUCCGUUUCUUCUAUCUUCAUUAUAAGCUCAAGCAUGAAGGACCCUUCAAGCGAAAGACCUGUAAACAGGAGCAAAAUACAGAGACAACCAGCUGCCUCCUUCAAAAUGUAUCUCCUGGGGAUUAUAUAAUUGAGCUGGUGGAUGACACUAAUAUGACAAGAAAAGUGAUGCAUUAUGCCUUAAAACCAGUGUAUUCCCAAUGGGCUGGGCCCAUCAGAGCUGUUGCCAUCACUGUGCCGCUGGUUGUCAUAUCGGCAUUUGCGACGCUGUUCACGGUGAUGUGCCGCAAGAAGCAGCAAGAAAAUAUAUAUUCACAUUUAGAUGAAGAGAGUUCUGAGUCCUCCACGUACAUCACGGCACUUCCCAGGGAGAGGCUCCGGCCACGGCCCAAGGUCUUCCUCUGCUAUUCCAGUAAAGAUGGCCAGAAUCACAUGAACGUCGUCCAGUGUUUUGCCUACUUCCUCCAGGACUUCUGUGGCUGUGAGGUCGCUCUGGACUUGUGGGAAGACUUCAGCCUCUGCAGAGAAGGGCAGAGAGAAUGGGUCAUCCAGAAGAUUCACGAGUCCCAGUUCAUCAUCGUGGUGUGUUCCAAAGGCAUGAAAUACUUCGUAGACAAGAAGAACUACAAGCACAAAGGAGGCGCCCGAGGCUCGGGGAAAGGGGAGCUCUUCCUGGUGGCGGUGUCUACCAUCGCUGAGAAGCUCCGCCAAGCCAAGCAGAGCUCAUCCACGGCGCUCAGCAAGUUCAUCGCCGUCUACUUCGAUUAUUCCUGCGAGGGAGACGUUCCCGGUGUCCUGGACCUGAGCACCAAGUACAAACUCAUGGACCACCUUCCCCAGCUCUGCUCCCACCUGCAUUCCCAGGACCUCAGCCCCCAGGAGCCGGGGCUGCAGCCCGGACGCAUUAGCAGGAGGAACUACUUCCGGAGCAAAUCGGGCCGCUCCCUAUACGUCGCCAUUUGCAACAUGCACCAGUUUAUCGACGAGGAGCCUGACUGGUUUGAGAAGCAGUUUGUUCCCUUCCAUCUCCCCCCACUCCGCUACCGGGAACCGGUUCUGAAGAAGUUUGACUCAGGCUUGGUUUUAAACGAAGUCCUGUGCAAGCCAGGGCCGGAGAGCGACUUCUGUCUCAAGGCCGAGGCCGCUGGCUCCGGGGCGCCGGCCGACCCGCACUCUGAGGGCUCGCAGUUCGCUCCGGACGAAGACGCGGAGGCUGGGCCCGUGCCGGGCGCCAGCGCGGUCUUGCGGCCCCUGCUGCACGAGGUGAAAGCUGCUGGCCCCUCGGACAUGCCACGGGACUCGGGCAUCUACGACUCGUCCGUGCCUUCGUCCGAAUUGUCCCUGCCCCUGAUGGAAGGGCUCUCCACGGACCAGACGGAGACGUCUUCGCUGACGGAGAGCCUGUCGUCCUCAUCAGGCCUGGGUGAGGAGGACCCUCCCGCCCUUCCUUCCAAGCUCCUCGCCUCUGGGGCAUGCAAAGCAGAACCUGGUUGCUGCAGCUACACUGGUGAACUCCACACGGUCGCUCCUUUGUAA